AUGAGUUGCCUUGACAGUUUUCACAUCAUGAUCGUGUCGCAGUACUUUUCGAUUAUAGAUGAUUUUAUUUCAUUGGAGUUUGUGUGCAAAAAGUGUCAAAACAACAUGGAAAAGUUCCAUAACAACCCCGUCCAAAUAAACACCAAAACAAUAAAAUAUUUUCCAAACAUUGAGACACUUAACUUAUGGACAAAAAAAGACGAGAACUUUGGAAAUGAUAUUUUUGAUAUAAACACUUCUAAAAGUGACAAAAUCGAUUUUUUCCAAAUUAAUGUGUGGUUUGCUGUGGAUUACACCUUCAUGCAAAACAAUAAGAACACCAACAUCUUGUGCAAAAAUGUCAUUUACACAAGAGAAGACAGACAAAAGUAUGGGGACACAAUACCACGCAACAUCAAAAUUAUUGGGGCAAACUGUUAUUAUGGUUCUGAAUUUACUUCUUUUGUCAUACCAAAUUCUGUCACUUUGCUUCAAGAGGCGUGUUUUUGUGAGUGCAGAAACCUCAAAGAGGUGCACAUUUCAGAUUUCAUCUUGUCACUUCCACCAAAGUGUUUCUUUUACAACGAGUCGUUGCUUGAAAUCAUUUUGCCAUCUACCAUGAAGUCGAUUGGUGAUGAGUGUUGUUGCGGAUGCACUUCUUUGAGUUGUGUUGACAUUCCAAGUUGUGUAAGUGUGAUUGGAAAAUGUGCAUUUAAUCGAUGUUUGAAUGUAAAGAGUGUUGUUGUAAGAAGAGGCGAUUGUAUCAUUGAAGACAACUGUUUUGAAAUGUGCUGUUCUUUGACAUCAGUGUCACUUCAAAGCUCAAUUUCAUGUAUUGGAAAAUCAUGUUUUGGGAAUUGUAAUUCAUUGAGUGUAAUCACACUCCCCAAGUGUCUCAAAUACAUUCCAAACAGUUGUUUCUUCAAGUGUGGCAAUUUAAUAGAAAUUGAAAUACCAAAUGGUAUUACUAAACUUUGCAAAUCAUGUUUUUAUGAAUGUGAAAAACUUGUACGUGUUGUAUUACCUCAAAGUAUCAAAGAGAUAGACUGUGGUGCUUUUGUUUUUUGUUCAUCUUUAAAGGGACUUGAAAUUCCACAUAAUGUGACAAAAGUUGGCGACUCAUGUUGUUUUAACUGUCUGUCACUUAGAAUUUUAAUUCCAAGCACUCUAAAAUCUAUUGGAGUCAACAGUUUCACAAAUUGUGACUUUGUUGAGUAUGAAAACAAAUGUUGCAUAUCUUAA